AUGACAACCGGGUCUUCCUCAACCCUGACUGUGCAUAAAAGAAUCCACAACAGAGAGAAGGCUUAUGAAUGUAAGCAAUGUGGGAAAGCCUUCAGACAGUCCUCACAGUGCAGGAGACACAUGCGAACUCACAGCGUUCCUUCUUGGACACGCCCGCUGACUCCGCCCAUAUACCUUCCAUUUCCGGUGGUGCUGGGAGAGGAGUCGAGUUGGCGACGCUGGUCCAUAAACGAGCAGAAUCUGAGGCGCGCUUGGUCGCUGUGCAUCUGUUGCCAACGUGCCCGGAACUCCGCGUCCACUCCCAUCCUUCGGCCUGAAUCCGAGGAGCUCCGGGUCCUUUCGGGGACCUGCUCUUAG